AUGGCUGGCCUCGACGCUCUCUUUCGGCCCGUGCCGCUCUUCGGGGCCGCCGCGCUCCUCCGAGUAGGCAUGCUCUUCUAUGGACUAUGGCAAGACGCCAACUCCGCAGUCAAGUACACCGACAUCGACUAUCUGGUCUUCACGGAUGCCGCUCGCUUCACUGCCCAAGGACGCUCACCUUACGACCGUGAAACUUACCGUUACACGCCCCUGUUGGCGUGGAUGCUCGUUCCCACCGCCUGGGAGGGUUGGUUCUCGUUCGGAAAGGCCACCUUCGCCGUCGCGGACCUUUUGGCAGGAUGGCUCAUCGUGCGCAUCUUGAGAAGUCGAGGUAUCGAUGAAGGGCGCGCUUUGAAGUAUGCCAGUAUCUGGCUACUCAACCCCAUGGUUGCAACCAUCAGCACCCGUGGCAGUUCCGAAGGACUGCUUGGUGUGAUGGUCAUGGCGCUCCUGUGGGCAGUAUUGGAGAGGCGAACGACGCUUGCCGGGCUGAUUCUUGGCUUUGGAGUUCACUUCAAGAUCUACCCCUUCAUCUAUGCACCAGCAAUCGUUUGGUGGAUGGAUGAUGCGGCACUGGGACGGAAAGGGGCGAGCGAGGGAAGUAGUCCGGCGCAGAUCAUCGUCAACUUUUUGAAUCCGGAGAGAAUCAAGCUGGCCGUUGUCAGUCUCGCGACGUUCAUGGGUCUCAACAUCGCCAUGUUCUCGAUCUACGGCACGCCUUUCCUGGUGCACACCUACUUCCACCAUGUCACUAGGAUCGAUCACAGGCACAACUUUAGCCCUUACAACAUCCUUCUCUAUCUUAAUUCUGCAUUCCCGUCGACGGCCAGCAUCAAGAUUGAAUCCGUGGCUUUCUUUCCCCAGAUUCUGCUCUCGACAGUACUCAUUCCUCUCAUCAUGGCAAAGAAGGACCUUGCAGCCUCGAUGAUGGCCCAGACUUUUGCAUUCGUCACCUUCAACAAGGUCUGCACGAGCCAGUACUUCCUCUGGUACAUGGUCUUCCUCCCCAUCUACCUGCCCAACUCCUCGUUUCUGAAGAGCCCGAAGUUGGGAGUCACCGCACUUGUUCUUUGGGUUGUGUCGCAAGCGGCAUGGCUGCAGCAGGGCUUUCAACUUGAGUUUCUUGGAUACAGUACCUUCUUCCCAGGACUUUAUGCCUCUUCUGUGGGAUUCUUCCUGGUCAACUGCUGGAUACUGGGUGUCAUUGUUGGAGAUGGGGAUGAGGCAACUAGAGCUGCUCCGAUUGAGAAGGCUAAAAGAUAG